AUGCCUUCUUUCUUCUCCAUCUGCUUGCUUGCGGGACUCAUUCACACAGUCGCAUCUCGACAUACGCAUGUUCAUCCUCACAAGGCGGCGCAUGUACAUCAACACCAUGCACGACAAGCAGUCGUGUCUGUUCAGACUGGGGAUGAGAUGAAAGCAGAAGUUCCAGCGGAGAACAUCACCGAGACGGCGGCACGAGAAAUCAUCGCAGAUUUGGAAGACAUCAAAAAAGCGUCCGCGGAUCUACCGGACGAUCUUCUCGAAUACAUCCAAGCAGUCGACCUUCGCAUGGCAUCCGUGGAGUCUCGUCUUGGAGCUCUACUCACUUCCGCCACAUCGAUUGCAGCACUCGAAUCAGAGCCUUCAGCAGCACCAUCAACAGCACGAAAGCCACCGGCGCCGUUCGAUAUGUCGGAAUCCGAGGGAGCUUCGCCAUCGCAGAUCGCACUAUCACAACCUGCGCCUACAUCACCAUUCGACCCAAAUUUGCUGCCGCAGGAGGCACGGCAAAGUUCGCCGACGAUUGAACGCGAAUCGAACGCACCCAGCACCGUACGGAGGACAUCGACAUAUACUGCUACCGUCACCUCAUAUCUGCCGCACCCGGAUGAAAGCACAGACGCCGCUGCUUCGCCGGAGAGACCUAGCGAUUCGACAAAGAUCGAGCAGAGACCGACUGGUCUGGCGGUGACUGUGAAGGAAGCGGGAGCGACGACGUUUGCGAGGGUGACGAGUAGUCGGAGUUUAUGA